GUUGUGAUGAACGUGGAUAAUAUGUUUUGAUGAUCUUUGCUAUUUUUAUUCAUAAAAGAUUUCACAAAUAGUGAAGCUAAGGGUUUACUAAUACAUUUGUAUCUGUCCUUGUCUUUGUUCUGCCCCUGGUUAUCCCCAAAUUAUGUCAGACCACUCAAAAACCUUGAGUUCUUGCGCAAAAGCUUGAAGCAUUUGAAGUAUGAAGCAGAAAUACUGGAUAAAAUGGGAAGCAUAGAGGAACUCGAGAGUAAACUCUCCGACCUCAACCGGAAAAAAAUUGAAGCUGAGGAAAAGAUGAGGUCUUACUAUCCAGAUAUGAUUCAGAAGCUCUCAGUUUCUGAAGCUACUCAUCGGCAGCAAAUUGUUAUGGACGAAAUUCGACGAAUUGAGAAGUUGAAACAUGAAAAGCUGCUUGAGAAAGAGAUUUCACCUUCAAAUCCGAAUAAUGUCAAGAUGCCUUCAAUAGAGGUGGGCUCAAGUUCGGCAGAGGCAGAAGUUCCAAACUCGGAAAUGCAAAGGAAUCAGUUACCAGAUUAUCACAACGACAAAAAUAUUGAAGAAUUGGAACCUUGGACAAGCUGAGGACAUGGUAGUUAGCGGAGGUCAUAUGUCUUAGAGGUGUAAGUUUCGAGAAAAUUGCAACAUCGUUGUGGAUAGACUUAAGUUGCUCUAAAAGUUAAUGAUUUUCGUAAAAGUAAACAUCGUUAAUAGCUUUAACACAGUCAAGCAGUUCCCUUUCUCCACAGUGUUGGGGUUUAAGGUUUAACUAUCCCUUCUCCUACCUUAGACUUCUUUGCAUGUAAAGAAUAAAGAGAAACUUGUUAGUGUGUGCCUGUAGUACUUGCAAUCUUGUACUCCUUGUCUGAAGUCUGAAACUUUGGAAAU